AUGUUUCCUGGCUCUUCGGCAUCUGGAGGAACAAUAACAUUCUUGUUAACUUAUACAGAAACAUUGUUAGGCCCAGUAGCGUAUUGUAAGGUAAGGAAAGAAUCUUUCUUAUUAGCCUGUAAUCUUGUAUAUCCGUCUCAUAUGGGAGAUAAAGAUGAAUGGAGUUUUUGUGAUAUUUUAAAAAGAUCUCUGUGCCCAAAACAAACAACACCAGCUUGGUGUGAAAACUGUUCAAAAUUUUUGCCUACAUCUCAAUCCAGAGUUCUUCAGGCGCUUCCAAAUGUACUCUCUGUUAACACAGGUCUACACAAUGCACAACACAAACAGUUUUGGCAAACUCAGAUGGAUAAAGUCGUGGCGAAAGUUUCCACCAUAGAAGUUAACAACAGAUCAUCUACACCUACUUCAGUUUUAGGAUCAUCGAAACCGUGUAGAUAUGGAGAUUUGUGUUCAAGACCAGGAUGUCGGUUUAGACACAGUUUUGAUAAUGCCGUGCCCAUCCCUCCUUCGAAAAACCCAUAUUGUAGUAAUAAUUGGUUGCCGCACCGAUUUGAAUUGGCGAUAAAAACAGAAGACUUGGAAAUAAAAAAAUUGAAGAAGAUGACGAGCAUCAGUCCUGUGUCUCCUCAUGAAGCUACUUGGUUUAGUCUGGACUGGAAGGUUCCAUGUGUACUGUUUUAUACGUCAAGGGAAGCUAUGAAAAAUAAGCUUGAAGUCAAGCAGCAGCUGCCAAGAGAAGUACUAUCAGAAGAUACAUCUGUUGCAGGUUCUGGAAAUCCGAGACUGAACUCGUUUACACCUCUGCACGACAACGAAACUUUGAAGCCAGGAGAUUUGGUUGCAAUGGAUGCGGAAUUCGUAACACUAAACCAGGAGGAAGCUGAAUUAAGAAGUGAUGGAAAGAUGUCAACUAUCAAACCUUCUCAAAUGUCUGUAGCCCGAAUUACUUGCAUUCGGGGGAGCGGGCCCAUGGAGGGAACUCCUUUUAUAGAUGAUUAUAUUUCAACCCAAGAACAAGUUGUGGAUUAUUUAACGAAAUUUUCAGGAAUUAAACCGGGAGAUCUAGACGCAAAUAUUAGCUCUAAACAUUUGACUACCUUGAAGUCAACUUAUAAGAAGUUGAGGUAUCUACUAGAUCUUGGUGUUAUUUUUGUUGGCCAUGGGCUAAAAAACGAUUUUAGGGUAAUUAAUUUAGUAGUUCGCCCAGAGCAAGUAGUGGAUACUGUGCAAUUAUUUCAUCUACCGCAUCAUAGAAUGGUAUCUUUAAGAUUUCUGGCAUGGCAUUUUCUAGGCAUGAAAAUUCAGUCGGAGACUCAUGACUCCGUAGAAGAUGCACGAGCAGCGCUUCAAUUAUUUAAAAAGUACAAACAGUUAGAUGAACAAAAACGGGUGGGAGAAGCAUUAGCUGAAUUAUAUGAAACAGGUAAAGUACUUAACUGGAAGGUGCCGGAAGAUUAA